AUGUCGCUAACGAAUUAUUAUUCCAUGAUGGGCCUGCAGACCGAGGAGCCGUACGGUGCACAUUUCAUCCCGGGAGGCUUGCAGGGUUCGGCGGCCGGCUGUGCGAAGCCAGCCCGGAGAGCGGAGGAGGAGGAGGGGACCCCCGGCGCACACACGGAUUUCUCACAUUUUUCCAACAAACAGACGAGCUUGAACGGCUUCUCUCCGUGGGCGAGCACCUCUGCGUCCUCCUCGCCCUCUUCCCCGCAGCUGCAGCCCGCCCCCGGCGCCUCCACCGGCCUCUUCCACCCGCACCCGCUGCUCAGCCACCACCACCCGUACUACGGCCCGCAGCCGCAGAGCCACGCCGAGCACCUCGCGCCCUCCGCGGGCUCGGAGAGCAGGUUCGUCCGCUGCUGGGAGGGGGCCACCCCAAACUCGGAGACCUCCCUAACGCACGCGGCCUUCCCCGGGUGCGUCCCCGCCCAGGGUGACCUCUCCGAUCCAAACCCGCGGUACGAAGCGGUGGAAGCGGAGAGCUCCCCGCCGUCCCAGGACAGCCCCGGGGAGUCCAGCUUCGCCAGCCCGACCGAGGUGGUACUCGAGCGGCUCGGGACCGUGGAGGAGCUCGGGAGGAAGCCGGAGCUCAAAAAGGAGGAUGAGGAGAGAAAAACAAAGCAGCCGCUCGACCCCGAAAACCCUGCAGCCAGCUGGAUCCACGCUAAAUCCACCCGGAAGAAGAGGUGUCCGUACACCAAACACCAGACCCUGGAGCUGGAGAAGGAGUUCCUCUACAACAUGUACCUGACCAGAGACCGGCGCCUGGAGGUGGCGGGACUUUUGAAUCUAACAGAGCGGCAGGUCAAGAUCUGGUUCCAGAACAGACGCAUGAAGAUGAAGAAGCUGAUGAUCCGGGAGAGGAGGGGCGUGAACGAAUGAUGGAUCUGUAUUAUUUUUUUUUUUGGAUCGGUGGAGGUGAUGCUACAGCUGAUGAAUAAAACACCUCAAGACGACCAACGUCUCUCCAACAUCAGCAGCUUUAACUAAGAUUGUGGAGCUCACACGGCUGCUUUUGGAAAUCUGCAAACUGUGCAAAUUUUGGAGACCAGGAUGUUGAAACACUUCUACAAAAAAAGAAGAAAAUAUUCCUUUCGGUGUCUUUUUCAUGCUCUAAACUUCCAUCUGCAUGCAACAAAAUGAAGACAUCCAGCGUGUCAGCCGGGGAAACUUGUAUAUAACUCUCAGAAUAAAAUGUUCAAAUUCACAAGAAGACCCAUAAAUUGAAUUAAAACAACACACUAGCAGAUAUCAAAGACUUUGCUCAUUUUAAAACACAUCUGGUUUUCAUGAGGCUGUAUAUCCCACAUGUCCAAAACUGAAACUACUUGACACAUACUUGACUUCACAUAAAUUGUCUGUGCUUUGUGCCAAACUGUGAGCUGCGUUUUAUGAUUUAAUGCUAAAACUCCUCAUAAAAACUGCUUCCCCUCGUGCCAGACGUGGCUGUGCUGCGUCCGCUGCGGCCUGAAAUACUCCCACAGUGUUUAUUUGUAAACUGAAAUAAAA